AUGGUGAGGGAAUUUUCUUUGAAAAAAACGACAUAUUUCCUACAAAAACAGUUUUCAGAAAACUUCAACAAGUUCAACAACGACUAUUCUCCACAAAAAUCAGUUCAACAUCAAUCAGUUAUCAUCCACGCUAAUCAAAAGGUGAGUCAAUAACCGAAAAAGAAACGGGAUAACAAAAUAUGUCUUGGGAAAUUUGAUCAAGUUGAGCUAUUUUUGAAGAUAAAUAUAAAGUUCUUUCUUCUCUGAAAAGCAUGAAAAUUCAUCUCAAUUUUACAGAAUAUGCUCUCCUAUGCUCAGUCUCGCCAACACUCGAUGGAAAUCUGGACACAUACGAUAUGAAAAGCAGCUUCAUUGCGAGGGAAACAAGACAAUCCGCAACAUCUACGAAAUUUUCAACUCCUAA